CUUUGGACAACCUCCGGACUUCGGACCGCUUCCCCUCGAGCUGUCCCUCACCAACAGCUCGGAGAUCAACACAAUGGAGUCUCAGUAUACUCCUCCCAUAAUAGGAAAUGUUCUUUCACCUACGUCUGCAGCUCGAGAACCAAAGUUGCAUCUACCUGCGACAUCCGAUCCCCCGGGCCCGCAGAAUCCCCCGAAGCAGCUCGUAUGGCUGAUAUUCGGUGCGACAGGCCACAUGGGGCGCUCUCUCGUCAAAUCCGCGCUCUUUCAUAACGAUCUCGUCGCAGCUGUGGGACGCACCUUCGAGAACACCCCUGCGUCCAUGCAGAAGCUGCAAGCUGAGCACGAGAAUUGCCUGGGACUUUUAUGUGAUGUUCGCGCGCGCGAGACGGUUAGGGAUGCAAUAAAUAGGACAAUCGCCCACUUUGGCCGUAUUGACAUCAUUGCCAACUGCGCCGGGUACGGUGUAAUUGGGGCCUGUGAAGACCAAGACGAAUACGAUAUCCGCAAUCAAUUCGAGACGAACUUCAUGGGUACACUGAAUGUGAUUCAGCUUUCACUACCAUACUUUCGCGAGCGAGGUUCUGGACGGUAUCUUAUCUUCAGCUCGACGUCGGGGGCUCUUGGCGUACCUGGCUUGGGGCCUUAUUGUGCGUCCAAGUACGCCGUAGAAGGGCUUAUGGAAAGUAUGUUAUACGAAGUCGACAGCUUCAAUAUAAAGGGCACACUUGUCGAGCCAGGUCAUAUGCGGCGUGAUGAUAUUGGUCCAGUGCCACCCUCGACGGCACACAUGAACGAACACAACCUCUCAGCGCCUCUGCCACUGUAUGGCCACUUCUUCAUCAAGCCUGCCAGUGAGCCGUACAGCACCGCAAAUGCUCCGGCAGGACAUGCAAAGCGAAUGAUUCAAUGGUUUGGCGAAAAGCAGCCAACAAGCGCGGUCAAGGCUGCAGAAUUGGUUUGGCAACUUGGGCAUUGUUCAUAUCCGCCCCUACGCCUAAUAUUGGGAGCCUAUGCCGUGGAGAGUAUUCGCGACCGGUUGAAAUGUAUCAUCGAGGAAAUCGAAGACUGGAAGCACCUCAGCUUUCCUCUGUCAGAUGAGCAGUCCCAGUCUAACUCCAAGGAUAAGGGUACGGCGAACAAGGGAGAGCUCGAAGAGACAACGUCUGGCGGUUGAUGGGUACUCUUUAUAGAUAAUGUCUUAUCAAUCGACUGUCAAGUCCUAUGUGCUCGAUCAAUUACUCGGGCCAUGGAUGAUGCUGCUGUACCUCGAGGGGAACCUCCAGGUAACUUAGUCCAGUCGAUGGCAUAACCG